GCUCUGAACUUUGCCUGCAGCCGGUGCGAGUGCGCCGCGCCGCUGCAGCGAGGGAGCCGCGUGCAGCAGGAUGUGAGGGGAGCAGCAAUACGGGGCACAUGUCCACUCUGUCACUUUCCUGCUAUAAUGUUCUUAAUGAAUUUGGCGCCUGUCUCUGCAGUACAGACAGAUUGGCAGUCCUUUGGAGCAUCCCAGAGCUACAGCCUCCCUGUGGGUUUCUCCACUCCAAAGGAGACAUUCUCUGCUGUUGGAAGUGCUAUCAACGUAAAUGUACAAAUGAUUGUAGAAAACCUGCAACCCCAUGACUCAUCUCAUGCCAUGAACAAUGACCCCAGUAGUAAUGCUCAAACAAACCUAGUCACAAAAUGGCGGAGCGAGGGCGCAUUAGACAACAGCGCUAUCAAGCUUUUAAAAGGGGCUGCUGUAGAGGAUCUGAAGACCGGGUAUCCGACCUGCACACUUGGCACAGAGGAAUCCAAUUUGGGCCAUUGUGUCCUGGACACGGACAGCGAUGAAUCUGUUGAUCGAGGUAUAGAAGAGGCCAUUCAGGAAUACUUGAAGAAGAAGACAGAAGAAAGUUGCUCGAUGCCGAGCACCAUGCAUGAUGCAGAGGCUCCCCCUGGGAUACAUCCACCUAUCAAAGACUCUGCUCCAAAUGUCAGUAAUGGUAUUUCACUUGAAGGAGAGGUGGUCCCCACUGAGCUUGUCAAUGUUGACCCUCUACCUGCCCAUCCAAAGGCUGCUGCAGAUUCCAGAUGUUCUUCUCCCUCCAGCGUCAGCAGCAACGAUUCUUUUGAACUGAGCAUACAAGCUGAAAUUGAAAGGUUCUUGCAAGACAAGCGGAAUAAGGAAACCAGCGAUCCCAGCAACAAACUGGCAUCCGAGGGAGGGCCAGCACAGAAGGAAAAUCUGGUGAAGAUAGGAUUGAAGAGCAAGAAGAGGUACAUCAAGCCCAGCACAGGGAGCCAAACGCGCGUUGUCAAACCGUUGGUGACAAAUCCCAACCCUCAAGUUACUGGCACGAAAUCCUCCCAAGUGGGUGAAGUUGGCAACAUCUGCAAAACUGGGAAGACCAAUGAAAGGAAUCCCAAGGUCCAUAAAAAGCUGGCCAUUGAGAAGAAACCAACAGCAAUGCCUAGCUUUAAGGAUCUCUAUAAAAGUAGUAACAUCCAGUGGAACGUAAACACUGAAUUCUCUGUCCCAAAACCUAAUUCCAUAACUGCAGGAGCUGAUCUGUCUGAUUCCAGUAGUGAUGAUGGGAUUGAGGAAGCCAUCCAACGCUACCAGUUAGAACAGAAGAAAAUCAAGGAUCUUCCCUUCGCCCUUGGAUUGUUGCCUCACAAGCCUCCCUGCUCCAUGAAUUCUGAAUCCUCUUUGGAUGCCUGUCAUACAGCCAAGGCUGAGGGGAAGGAAACACCACGAGCAACUCUGAGCAAGAAGCGGAAGCAAUGUGUACCCAAGUCUGUAGAGUCAAAGACACCGUAUUCCCUCAGCCUUUUGGAUGCAGUCUCCAAAGAUCAGUUGAGUGAUGUCUUUGUAAAGCAAAGGGAAAGAAAAUGCACAGAGUCCAGGUUAAGUUUGAAAAGAACGAAGACCCCAUCAGAAUUUUUCCGAAAACAGGAAGGGCCUUUGGUGCUCAGUCCACAGCCACGUAUAGGUGGCAUGGCAGGUACAGCUCCAAUGGACAGGGAAGAGCACGUAGCCCACGGGAAGAUGACCAACGAAUAUGCCACUGCUGACUCCCAGCAAAUCACAUCUUCCGACAGUGAAGAUAGUUCUGUGGAUAGUAGUGACAGCAUUGAAAAAGAAAUUCAAAAUUACUUGGCUCUGAAGGUGAACCAAAGCAAUCAGAAGUCAAAUGGAGUGGAAACUGAAAAUGAAUCAGACAGAGUCUUACCCCCAGAACUGAAGGAAGAAGAUAGUCUGAACAACUCUCCAUCCUUGUUCUCUCCUUUGCCUUCAUCUCAGAUGCCGUUAUUACAGAAAGAAAGUCUGAAGAAUAAUGACAGUGUUGAUCAUAAUACUGGAACAGAAAAACUGAGAGAAAGCCAGCCAAAGGCCGGUGGGGCACCUGUUUCCAGGACUAACACUGACACUGUCACCUCCAAGAUUAAACUUAAAGGUGGUCUGUUGGAACAAGAUACUUUUGAUGUAAAUAAUGUCAGGGACAGCAAGGCAAUCAACAGAAAUCAAGACAAGUUAUCCUCCAUCAACUGGGCUACCGACGUACAGUCCUGUCAUAAGGCAGUCCAUGAUGCUUGGCAGACAGGUGACAAAAGUAGCUCAUUGGACAGUGACGAAGAUCUGGAUACUGCCACAAAGGAUCUCUUGAAAACCAGAAAAAGACUGGGGAAAAGAUCAAGGGACUCCAAAAACCGAUGCAGGAAGCGAGUACGGUUUACAGGAGCAGAGGUGCUUACUUUCUCUGAACAAAGCACUGGUAUUGGAGAUGAAACUCCCAAGGCGGCUGGUGAAGGUUUUGCAAUGAGCCAUGCUCCCCUGAAGAGCUGUUUGUCAAAGACUAGCAAGGCAGUUUGUAGAAGUUAUUUGGACUUUAAAAAUAAAAAUAACAAAAGAGCAGGGGCGACAUCAGAAGGCGAAGGAAAUGGGAAUGUGGCUAGAAUGGGAAGGCCGGUGACGGUCUCACUAUCUACAACGCCAUCCACCAUGGUUGAACCGCUGAAUCAAAAAACCAUGUCAACAAGCGACAGCAGUUCCGGAGACAGUGAUGACGGGAUAGAGCAAGAAAUUCUGAGAUUCCUAGCGGAAAAGGCCAGAGGGAAUAGCGCAUCAGAAGAGAGCUUGAAAGACCAGGGAGAACUGCAAGAUUUUACAGAGCAAGGUGAAGAAAGCAAAUCAUCAGAAGUGCAGGGCCAUGGUGGAGAAAUGUCUUCCCUUUCUCAACAAACUGAGGGAUCUUGCAGCACUGGUAUAAAGGGACCAGAUCGCAAGGAAGAGGAAGUCACAACUGGGUAUUCAUUUGGAGGUACAGAGAGUGCUGCUGCUGAAAGCAACGCUAGCAUUCAUGGGCCAGAUUUGCUUCAGGACCCUUGUGUUAUUCACAGUGCAGAGCACCAGACUGAACACAAACUGGUUGUUGAAGAAUUAUCAACUGUGUUUCAAACAGAAACUAAAACUGGGAUUGAUCAGGGGAUUUUGCAAGUUGGUACCACAGACUGUCAAGGGAAAGAGAGCUGUAAAAGCAAGUUUGACUUGCACAGUAAUGUCCUGAAGGACAGAGAGGUUAAUGAUCCCUUAGAAAGCUGCAUCACCCAGAACUUGCAGGAGAAACGGGCAGCUCCUGAUUUCAAAACAAUUCAACCCUUGGUUCAGGAGCAAAAUGUGCAAUAUAUUGAUCCCAGAGAGCAGGGUGUGAGACAGCUUCAACCAAAAGCAGUUCAAGUGAGGUCUUCUGAGGAAACCAUAAACAAAUUGAAAUUAUGGGGUGUCUUCUUGACUGAACCUCUCAGUAACACUCUGCCAAAAGGCAGGGAGAAAAAUGCCAGCAGUGAAGCUAAAUAUUCCACAGAAAGCCAGUCACUUGUAGGGUGCAGUACAGACCAGAUCCCACAUGCUGCAGUUAAAACGUAUUCACACCUAGGCUGGACAGGGAGUGAUAAAACUAAACCUGAGGAGGGUGGAUAUCCAGGCAGACUUUCAGGAUCUCUGAUGCCACCAGUAAGUCCUGGUGUUCAUUCCAGUGAGACAAGGGGCCUGCCUUGUGUUACAUGGCGGGAGCAGAAUGACCACAAUUAUCAGAGUGGAAUGAGGAAUGAGAUGAGAUCAAAUCAAGAUACUAGACUUGAAUGUUCCAACUUUGUGACACCACAUUCAUAUGAAAGCACAGGACCAAACACCAGUGUAUCAAUGGCUGUACAUUCCAUACCUUCAACCCACAAGGAAACCAGCAGAAUAGAUCAGAGCAUAUAUAGUACAGAGUCAGAGACUGCCAAAGAAAUAGUGAGUGCUGAGGGAACUACUGAAGAGAAGGCCAGCAGUCAGUGCACAGGUAAAGAAAAUGGUGAGACUCCUCAAUGGCAGCCACUGAGCCAGGCUUUGUUGGAAACUAAGAAUGCGGAGCAAAACGACAGGGAGAGAACAGGAGAGGCAGUUGAGGAGAAAAGUCCUGAACACUUUUACGACAAAGCUAGUGAUCAAUCAGAUGAUGAUGAUAGAAUGGAGACUAGUAGUUCAGGACAGCAGGGACAGAAUACUGAGGUGUAAGUAUAAUGUUGUACAGUAGCUUUUCUCUUAAUUAUUUAAGAUGUAGUCAUAAAGUUCCAUUGUAGACAGUGGGAUGUUGGCAAGUGAUUUAAGAAAAUAUUUGGCUGGUGUGAAAGGCUAUCACAUAUAAACUUCAACAUUUGAUUAAUGGCAUAGAAAAUAUAUUUCUUUAAAACUGUCCAUUACUGUCUUUUCAAAGCAAAUAGGAUGAUUAAAAUAUGGUUGUAUAGUUUAAAAAUGUUCCUUGCCACGGCUGAGGCACAUCCCAUGAAAUGAAGUUGUAAUUCAUUUCCCUGGUAGUGGAGGACUUGCCAUUUCUCAACUUCAAUUGGUUUGUGUUUGCAUUUUCCAGGGUCAGUGCAGCACAGACUCCACAGUCUCCAUGUUACCCACAGCACCUCAUCCCAAGAUCUGGAAAAUUGCCCUUGGUCUAAUUGUUGUUUGUCAGGAUCAAAGCCGGGAUUACAAUGAUCACUCUCAGCAUCUCUGAGUGAAUCAGAAGAGGAAAAUUAGAUCCAGGCUCUGUUCCUGAUGAACGCAUUCAUGGAACAACACAGCGGAUUGUCUCUGAUAGCUCCUAAGUUUGAAUAGUACCAGCUGGGUUGACGCAUAAAUGAAUGUCAGUUGGAUGUUGAUUGAAAGCCAAGAAGUGUAAAGAUUGAUCUGGGAUGGAGAGCUACAAUGGAUGCUGUUUUUGAAUUGACAGUAAGGGAAAGUACUUUGAACAGAAAAUGUAUACAGUAAACUUAACUCACUUGCACACAUUCCUGCAGAAGGUACCUGAUCCAUUUUUUUUCAUUCAAAUUUUACCCUUAUUUCUGUCUUUCAAGAAGCUGCACAGAUGCUGCUUGUUAUAAUGAUAGCAUGUGACUUGGGAUGCCAGGAGGUGAGGUGAAACUGCUGAGGAACAGACCCUGCCAAGGGGGAUAUAAUUUAUAUUAGUUCAUUGAUGUUAGGGAUACUGACACUGGAAAAUCAAAUAGCUACCCAGUCAGGUACAGUACUACCAGAUGCAGAAAAAGGCUUCUUCUCUUUUCCUGAAGAUAGGCCUCAUAACUAGCAGCUCCCAAACCCCACUGCUUUAGAUUAUCUUCCCAUUUCUCACAAAGCAGGCAUCCUUUGAGAUUAUGGACCAUAAUUGCCAAUCCUCUACACCAGAUUGUGGGCACUUGGUGACUGGAAUUUAAUUGACCAUUAACAGAGUGACUUUCACCCUCAGCCAGUAGUUGAAGAUGUUAGGUAACAAUUGCUUUCUGUCAUUCUUCCUGCAAAUUGGAAUAGGAUUUGCUCUUCGAUGUAAAUUCUCAUUGAAUUAUCAUUUGGGUUGGUAUAUUUUAACUUAAUUAUUAAAGGAGAAGGCAAAGGGUUUUUACCAUUUUUAUUCAAAGUAUUGAGCUUUCAUAACGAAUGAUACUUUUUCAAGAAUUUAACCCCCAAAUGAAGUUGGGUUUCCUUUAAAAGGAGGCACUGUUUGAUGUCAACUAAGUGGAGUAGUUCUGAGUAUUCUAGACUCACUACACUGCAACACAAUAGGGACCACAGCUUCUUCUUAAUCAUGAAGACAAUUAGCAAAAGACUGACUUCAGGAACCCACAUUCCCAAAAUCCUGGUCUCUGUGAGGGUAUAAGAAUUUGACCUCUAAACUUAGUUUUCUAGUGUGCAGCAGGAAGUACUGUUUAAAAAAAACUAUCCACACCUAAUCGCAGGCAAAGGGGUCACUGUAGUUUGUGUUAGGGUUGGGGGAGCGGAAUCAUCCAGCAUACAUUUUCUCCAUCAUUGUCAAGCAGCAUCCAUCCUGGGAUUGUCAAAGGCUGGAAAUGUGAGCUCAGCCAUGAUCCCUCCAUUGGCAAAUAGUCUGCCAACACGCUAUUAACUGGGAUUAGGUAUUGUAAGGGGAGCCUGUGGAAAGGUAUUUUCGCAAAGGGCACCCUACAAAAAGGGGAGGAGAAAAGAGUUAAAUCCGUAUGAACUUGUAUAUAAAUGCAAAGAAUGUUAAAUUCCAGCUCAGAACUCACAUAGGUAAGCCUGCAGAGGAAACUACUGAGAUAUGACAUUUGCACGGACUUUAUGCAGAAUACAGAAUGACUGAUUUUGAUUAGGGUCUGUUUUAAAAUUCUUGGCUCUCUAUGUAUGUAAAGCCUGGUGCAUUUAAUUCAGCAAAAUCCCAAUGAGAAAUACAAAAUGAGAUCUAAUAAAUGAGUCCCAGGCCCUCCAUCUGGAUAAAGACAUUGCAGCAGCAGCUUUGUCAGGAAGAUUUCAGCAAGGCAAAAUAAUGGUGUUGCACUGAAAAGCACCUUGACAUGUCAGAGUAUCUGAAAAUGCUUUCCAUUGAAGGUUCUGUAAAGCAUUAACUGCUCUGGAUAAUGAUUGUGGAACUGACUUUAUAAAUGCUAAUCUUUAUUUCCAAAAUAAAACAGCACUAUCAUUUUCUGUUAGCAUUUAGCAACAAAUACAGUGUAGGAAAUUACAGAAAUGUAGUAACUGAUGCACCUCCUGGGAAGCCUUCAUCAAUCCAGACGUGUCAUUUUGAUAACCUUUGGACUGAGAUGAAGUAUUGUUGGUUACAGGGCAGUUAAUGGUAUGGGGCCAAUUUUGAUGAGAUUAGGAAAAGAUUUACCAGCAACAUUAGUUUAUUGUCUUAAGUGGAAUAUUCUUUUCACAUCAUUCAUUUCAGUCUAAAUACCAAGUCUAAUGACAAGUGAUUAUUCAUGGGAGAUAAGUGUUGCUGGAAUGACCAGGAUUUAUUAUCUAUUCCGAAUUGCCCUUGAGAAUGUGAUGGUGAGGCAUCAUCUUUAAGAAUGCUUGGUGGUCCUGGCAUGCUUUUCUGUAAUCUUCAUUGAAUUGUGUCCCCUACCUCAACAGUAAUGAGGAAAUGCUGGGCCAUGAGUUUGAAUGUUGUAGUGGAAUACAGUUCUACUAUUAACCAGUUUUGAACUAUCAGUUUUAUUCUGAAUUUCUAAGAGAAUACAGUGAUUGUAUCCUAAAGCAUAGUAAUGUGAGGACAAAGACAAAUACAUUAGUCAUUCUUACCAGUUUCAUUGUGGAUGGAUGCAUCUGAGGGCAGAGUCAAGUUGAUUUUUCAUAUUCUUCUGAUAACUUUGUCAUCUUCUGCUGAAGCUACUCAACAGCCAUGUCCUUCUGGACUUGGCCAUCUGGGUGAGAACUGGUACUCUCAAGCUACUCUUGAUGGUGGAAAAUGAAAACACCUUCCCCUCCCUGCCAUCCACCCACUUGGGUACAUUUUAUGCCUUACUAUCUGCAGUGAUAUUCAUUAUGGUGCAGCACUAAUUCAUCAGUCAAGGCAGGGUAGUAGGUGAUAAUCUGCAUGGAUUACCUUGCCCACAAUUGACAGUGUUGAAGGCUCUGAGAGGCACUCUCAUUUUUUUGCAUUAGCCAUGAUGGGUAUGUUGAGCCAAUGAGAAAGGAAUGGUUAUGGAGAAGUCUGGGAUAUUGAAGGGUAUGAUUCUUUGAGUGACGGUGUCAAGCUUGAUAAUUCUGUUGAACAAGGUUUCCAAUUUUGGCAUGUUCUCACAGACCCCAGAGCUGUGGUGUCUUUCUCACACCCAAAUUCGCGUGAUCUUUCCGGUAUCAAUAUUCUGCAGCAGUUUGAUGAGCCCUUGCCCUUCAUAGAUACCGAACAUUGAGCCACUGGACCUGUUCUGAAUCUGUCCUGUUGAGGGUCGUGGUAGUGCCACGUAUCACAAUGGAGCAUGCCCUCAUGUUGAACAAGGGACUUCACAUGAAUUAACUGAAUUUAAAUUCUCCAGCUGUCUUGGUGAGAUCUCAACUCUUCAGUGCCUGCUUUAGUUGGUCCUAGUCCAGAAGACCUUUUGCAAAUGUUGAGUGCAAGUCCCAUCUUGUUGUGCAUUUCAUGAAUCAGCAAUGACUUGGAACCUGGCCUCUGAAUGCACAAGCAUCGUCAGCAUACUGUGGCUGAUACUGAGUUUGGUCUUGCCAUGGUUCUGAAGUGAGAUGAAGUAGAUUAACAGUUUCCCAGUAGUUCUGCAGAUUAACUUCACUCCAGUGGGAAGCUUGUUCAAGGCAUGGUAAAGCAUUAUGGUGAGAAAAAUUAAAAAGUGCCCAGAGUGAUUACACAGCCUUGCUUGAUAUUGGUCUGCCGUGAGAUGGAUCUGUUGUGAACGCACUAACGCAUUGGUUAGGCAACCCAUUAUGAAGCAAAUUUAACUCAAAGAUGAAUUUGUGCAGGCAGCCAAAUUUGAGGAGGAUGCUCCACAGUCCUUCCCAAUUGAUGUAUUCAAAGGCUUUAGUGAGGUAGAAAAAGCCAUGUAUUGUGGUUGGUGCUGCUCCCUUCACUUCUCUUGGACUUGACGAGAAUCUACUUUGUCACUGGGAGGAGCAACUGAGGAAGACCUUGGAGAUCUCUGAGUAGUUACACAAUGGGAUUUGAUCAAUGGGAGGAAACUCACAGGAAUGCAUUUCUGAGAUUACUGACAUUUCCUCCUCUUCUCAGAUGUGGGAGAUAAAGUUGUGGACUUAUGACUGAAGUUCCUCAUCAUCAAGUAUUAGAACAUCAGCAUGCAUACUGUCUGCUCCCCAGGCCUUGUUUUUUAAUUGGCUUAUGUCCUUUUCAACUAGUUGAUCAAGGCUGGUGGCAAGGCCGCAUGAGAUAGUUUGCUGUUUUGAACUUAUCCUGUUUAGGAUGGUGGUAAUGCCAUGUCGUUCGUGGGAGCAUGUUCUUAGGAUGAACAUGGGAUUUCACCUGACUUAACUAACUGAAGUUAAAUUCUCUAGCUGGCUUGGUGAGAUUGUAGCUCAUGUCAGUGGAUCACCAGCACAGGCUUCUGAAUUAUAUGUCCAAUAAGAAAAUCCUUCUAAUAUGAAACCACAUAUUCUGUAGCAUUCUUCAUUAGCGAUCCAGAGAGAAAAUAAAAUUGUUUCACUUUUGUGUUUUUAAUCCUUUUUUUUCCAUUUUUGGUGUAUAUGUUGCCAAAUAAUUUUUCUGUUCUGUGAAAUUUUCUUGUGAUGUUGAAAUUUCUCCUCCGUUUUUGCCUGAGGGGUAUAUUGAUGCACAUACUUUUUAACAAAUUAUGUGAAAAUAUUUAAAUUAUACAGUUCCACAUCUUCUUGGCAAUUAUCUAAUAAAUAGCACAGUCUG